AUGGAAUUGACCAGAUUUUCCGAUAAGUCACAUGAAGAGCUAACAAGAAGGUUUGACGAGAUUAGCGUUGACAAUUUCGAUACAAUUGAAUCAACAACUUCUAGAACUUCCAUUCCGCAUUACUGCAAUAAUGAAACAAAAGACGAUGAUGAUAUUCCAGACACAGUCGAUCUUAGAUUACAGGGAUAUGUUUUACCUCCAAGAGAUAUGGGUGAUCUUGACGAACAUUGGGCAUUUUCAAUUUCUUCGGCAAUGGAGAUAGAAACCGCAUGGCACAAUCUUACCUAUGAAUAUUUAAGUCCACAAUUUCUAAUCGACUGUACUAAAAAUUAUCAACAGGCUUACAAUGAAAUGUACUAUUAUGGAAUACCUAGUGAAAUUGAUUAUCCGUUUAAAAAUGGAAAAGGGGAAUGUAAACCAGUCUGUAAAGGCCGAUGUCUUAAUGAUAACUAUCUAUCUUAUGAAUUUUUAAUCAAAAGAACCUUAGCACUGCUUGGUCCCGUAACUAUAUAUUUUGAUGGAGGCGAUCUGCCAUUUUAUAAACAAGGAAUAAUUGAUGGUUCGAACUGCCCACGCAGCUUUAUACCAGAUCCUUCAACGUGGAGAAAACCUUGGAGUGCUGUUAUCAUAGGUUACGGCAAUGACGGUAUUAACGGUAGUGGAACUGAUUACUGGAUUUUAAGAAAUUCUUGGGGCGAUUCUUGGGGGGAAGAGGGAUAUUUUAGGUUAAUCAGAGGAAAAGAGGCUUGCGGCAUGAUGCGGUUACCUAUAUGGCCUUCACUUCAGGAGCCAAACGGGAUUUGCAUUUAA